AUUGUUUAUCUUCAUAUUUUAUUACUAUUUUUAAUUUUUAAUUGUAUGGGUGUGUGUGCUGUAGGAAUAUAUUAAAUUUUAACUAUGACAAAAAAAAAAAUUCUAACUGAGUACUUCGAAAUCAGAUGUCUGACAGAAAAAGAAAGACGAACGACACCCAAAUGGAGAAAAAUCUUAGAUGUCGUAUUGCCUAUAAAGAAAUGCCGCCUGACCAAAAAGCAGCACUUCUAGAACGGCGUCGGGUAGAAUAUGCUGCAAGAAGGCAUACUCUCUCAGAAAAUUCUACUCCUAACUAUUCUACUCAGAAAAGCAUGAUUUCAGGACAACCUACUCUAGGACAACCUGCUCUGUUCAUUCGAGAGACACCUUCUUCUUCUCGGAGUGACUUAUCCAACUUCUACAUCGCACUUAAAUGUGAUUCUGCUUUGGACCAACGAACAUACAACUUACCCAGUGUUUCAGAAGUUGCAGCUAUAUGGACUGAUGAAGAAUUGGACAGUCCUGCUUCUACACCGCAUAUUCGUGUUUACACCCAUAGCAACACUAACCAACUGGUUCACUAUUACUAUGGUUGUUACGACGCAUUACAGUAUCCUUUGUUGUUUCCCUAUGGUGAAAACGGUUGGCAUUGUGGUAUCCAAAGAGUUAUACAAAAAACAAACUCCCCUAGAAAUCGUUCUUCUUGCAAACAUGAGAACAUUCCAAGUGUAUCCAACAUGUCUUCAAUUGAUGGAUUUCUUAAUAUUGAAGAAGAAAUUUUGCAGAAAGAAAGACAAAAAAAGAACACUGUAUCUUGUCGUGAAUAUUACUGUUACAAACUUCAAAUUAGAGAUGAUGAAGAAAAUGAUACUUUACAUUCUGGGAGAGUAUUCCAACAAUUUUCUGUAGAUCAAUACAUAAAAGUGGAAACACAAAGAUUAGACUUCUUGUUGUUCAAUCAAGAUUUAUUCCGAAUUGAAGUAUUAGCAGGACUUAUUGAUCUUCUAAGACUAGGAGAAAGAGAGGCUUCAAAUAUUGGCAGAAAAACAUUCCUUCCUGCUAGCUUUACUGGGGGUCCUAGAGAUAUGCGACGUCGAUACAUGGAUGCCAUUGCAUUAGUACAACACUUUGGAAAACCCGAUAUCUUUCUGACCAUGACAUGUAAUCCUUCAUGGCCAUAAAUAGAAGAUUUCUUACUACCAACUGAUGAAAUACAAAAUAGACCCGAUUUAAUAAGCCGAGUAUUUAAAGCAAAACUAGAAGAACUAAAAUCUGAUAUAGUUAAAAAAAGUAUAUUUGGAAAAGUUGCUGCUUUUAUGUACUCUAUAGAAUUUCAAAAAAGAGGUCUUCCUCAUGCGCAUUUCCUUAUUAUACUUGAAGAUGAGUAUAAAUUAUUGACACCUGAGGCUUAUGAUAGAAUUGUUUGUGCCGAACUACCAGAUCCUGAUACAAAUCAAUAUUUACAUUCUUUGGUUAUUAAGCAUAUGAUGCAUGGACCUUGUGGAACUUUAAAUCCUACAAAUUCGUGCAUGAAGAAAAAGGGAUAUUGUAAAUUUAAAUACCCCAAAAGUUAUGCCAAUG